CAACAGAGCAAUAUCAAGAGAGCCUUCCAAACCUAGCACUCGAUCAUGAAGUUCCCUGAUCGGCUGGGAAUUCUCUUGGGACGGUAGAACGGUCGUGUCGAGGGGGCUGAAUCUCCAAAUUAGAAGAGACAAGUGCCAUUCUCCUCAGGGGUCACGAGAGCACUGGAUGAUUGAGGAUUGGGGCUCACGGUCCAUGCCAGGUCUGUGGAACUUAAAGAUCUAAGGAUGGGUAGAUGUCUAACUACUGAAAUCCUGGCAUAUUAUUUGUGCAUUUGUAUAUACUGUUUUUUUCUCUUAAAUAAAUCCAAGUCAAAUGCAUUCUUAUGGCCUGGAGUACAUGGAGACAAGGAAAUAAAUGAAAAGAGGACUGGUACAGCUGCCACACUCCAAAGCAUCCAGUCACAAUGGCAGUGACUCAAGAAGAAGGUAAAGGCAAUUUAGACAUUGGAAGUAGCAGCUGUCUGAAGCCAAGAAGCCAAUGAGAGUCAGACAUUUUACACACUUUUAAGUGCUAUACAGAUACUAACUGUUAAUCUUCUGUACUAGUAUUCUCUGCUCUAAGUAUUCUCCUACUAGCCUAUAAGAUUCAGGAAGGCAAAGACUAAAUCUUACCUAAUUUUAUCUAUUCCCCAGAAUCAAGAAUAAUGCUCUGAACACUGUAGGUAUGUAAUCAAAGGUAUGUUAAAUGAAUAAAUAAGUAAAUAAAUCUUCCUUUUAAGUAAUGACACCUUACAUUACAGGUGAGCAUCAGAGAGGAGGUGACUCAACACCCCCUCCCCCUACCAUGAGAGCACUUUCAAAAAGGAAGUCUUGAUUUGUCUAUGGAAUAUAGAAUCCUAGAACGUUGGAACUGAAAGAGAUCAUAGCUCGUAGAAUGUUUGAGGACAAAGGGACCUUAGAAACCAAUUGAGGUUCAUUCCAGCAAAGGCUGAAUGACUAUUUGCUAGGUAUGUUGUAGAAGACAUUCAUACUUCAGAUCAAAGAGGCCCAGACCAGAAACAGUGGCACUGAAGGCAGCAGCAGCAGCAAGAUGCCUGGCCUGCUCAACUCUAGCACCUGGGAGCCGCUUCCACUCACGUCCUCUGACAUCACCUCCUGUGUCCAGGGCUAUGCUUUUGGCCUCAUGGCCUCUCUCACCUAUGGCAAUGUGGAAGUCCAGCCUUUCCAAGGCCUCUUCGUGUAUCCCCUGGAUGAGUACACCACAGUGGUCGGAUUCGAAGCCAUCAUCUCUGACAGAUCCGUGACAGUACAGAUCAAGGACAAAGCCAAACUGAACAGUGGCUACUUUGACAUGAAUCGACCUCAUAAUGGCAAGAUCACUCUGGAUGAAGAUCUGGAACGGACUGUGUUUGUGGCCAACCUGGGUAUGAUUGGCCCCCUGGAAAGUGUGUCCAUCUUUAUCAGCACCUCCUCGGAGCUCCAGACUCUACCCAGUGGAGCCGUGAGGGUCCUGCUGCCAACUGUGUGUGUCCCACCAGUCCCUCACUCAGAUAACAGCAUCUCUGGUCAACAGCCCCGAGGAAGCAAACAUAUCUAUGUGCCCAAGAACUUUGAGUACUCCAGCAAGUCCCUGUGUAUAGCCCAGCUGUUAGACUAUGAAAUCACCAACCCCAUGGAGUAUGACUUUAGCUUCCAACUGGAGAUCCGUGGACCUUGCCUCCUUGCAGGAGUUGAAAGUCCCACCCAUGAGAUCCGAGCAGAUGCUGCCCCGUCUGCCUGCUCUGCCAAGAGUAUCAUCAUCACGUUGGCCAACAAGCAUACCUUUGACAGGCCUGUGGAGAUCCUUAUCCACCCCACCGAGCCUCACAUACCACACAUCCUGAUGGAACAGGGGGACAUGACCCAAGGACAGUUUGAGCAGCAUUUGAAGGGCAGAAGUGACUUCACCAAAGGCACCAAGAAAAUUAUCAGUGCUCAGAGAAAGAUGGAAAUAAUCCGGAAACGGCUCCACAAGGAUAUUCCUCAUCACUCAGUGCUCAUGCUCAACUUCUGCCCUGACCUCCAGCCAACCCAGUCAAGCCUUCGGAAGACCCAUGGAGAGUUCAUUUUCCUCAUUGACAGAAGUGGAAGCAUGAGUGGAAGCAACAUCAACAGAGUCAAGGAUGCCUUGGUACUCAUUCUCAAGAGUCUCAUGCCAACGUGUCUGUUCAACAUCAUUGGGUUUGGCUCCACCUUUAAGACCUUAUUCCCUUCCAGUCAGGUCUACAGCGAGGAGAGUUUGACUGCUGCAUGUGAAAACAUCCAGCAUCUUCGGGCUGACAUGGGUGGCACCAACAUCCUGUCCCCACUCAAGUGGGUCACCCGGCAGCCCAUACAUGUAGGCCACCCACGCCUACUCUUCCUUCUCACAGACGGCUCAGUCAGCAACACAGGGAAAGUACUGGAGUUGAUACGAAGCCAUGCUUUCACCACCAGGUGCUAUAGCUUUGGGAUUGGUCCAAAAGCCUGUCCAAGGCUGGUGCAGGGGCUGGCAGCUGUGUCUAAAGGCAGUGCAGAGUUCCUGGUACAAGGAGAAAGACUCCAGCCCAAGAUGAUCAAGUCUCUGAAGAAGGCCAUGGCCCCUGUUCUCAGUGAUGUCAGUGUGGAAUGGAAUUUUCCAGAGAGCAUGGAAGUCCUAAUCUCACCUAUCAACUCCAGCUCCCUCUUCCCUGGAGAUCGGUUGGUGGGCUAUGGCAUCAUGUGUAACUGUACUUACCAUCCCGGCUCCAGAGUUAGUCAUCAUCACAGUGCACCAGGUUCCCAGAGCUCUGUGUUCUACUAUUCCCAGGACAAGGGAUCUGCUCCAGAGAGUGGGGACUGCAGCGAAGAGGCCCUGGCAUUCAGUGCAUCCCAAAAGGGCCAGUAUACACCAGUCUUCAUCAGAGAUGCCAGCCUGGUUCAAGAUCACUCUGUGCGCCGUCGAGCAUACAGCACCAACCAGAUUCCUGAACUCAAAUCGUGCCUCAGGACCCCAACCACCAGUGAUUCCGCCAUCAUAGCAGGGAACUACCUCCUUCGGAAAACCCAAGGGCAGGACCUGUUAGACCAUCUCGCUCCAGAGCCCUGCCUGUGGCAGGCUGAGUCCCAGCACUCGAGAUGUACCAGCCCAGAACUUCAACCACCCAGGGUCGUGGGGAGUCCUCGGAAGUCCUCGUCACGCCCAGGCUACCUGUCCUUCCCUCGCUGGUCUGAGGGCCAGUCACGGGGCCCGGUGAAAGACCAGAACCAGUGGGACACAGUGCUCUCCUUGAAAUCCUCCUCCUCCGACAGCCACAGCCUCGGGGACCAGGCGCCGGCUCAGGACCCUUCCUGUCCCUUUGAGUCAGAGCUGGAGCUGGAACAGGAGUCCCCCUCAAAGGGGGAUGCAUCACCUCAGCCCAUGCAGAAGGUGAGGCUUGGCUGCCCCCUGGCCUCCCGACCUAUCUGCAAGGCUGUAGUCAAAGGCAUAACGAAUAACAAGCCUGUGCAGUGGGAGGUAGUCUUUGACCUGGGGGCCCUGAACCAGGAGCUGCAGAUCCCUGACAGCAUCGACAAUGACAGCGAGUAUGACUGUGACCUCUGGAGAAGGACCAUCCACCACUUGGCUGCCAAGGCCAUCAUCAGAGACUUUGAGCAGUUGGCUGACAAGGAGUGUGAGAUCGAACCCGGUUCUGGCCAUCGAUACCAGGCAAAUGCCGUGCACACCAGCAGAGCCUGCAAUGUCAUUAGCAAAUACACAGCCUUUGUGCCCAUGGACCUCAAGAGCCGGGCCUACCUGCCCACCAUGGUGGAAUACACCAAUACAGGCAGUUUAUCCAGAUCAAGCAGCUUGAGUACCUCAGUCAUGGGGAAAGAGAAACAGAAGGGGUUAGCCAUCAAUCUCAAGCAAGCACAGUUCAUCUUCAGGCAGGACCUAGUGACGGACGGUGGACUCUACAGCCUAAAUCUGGAUGAGACCAAUGUUUCUGGCAGCCCACCUCCAAACGUCAGAACUGAGAGGACCAGCCUUCAGGACCGUCCUCUGUACAAGUCAUUGUUCAAUCCUGGCCCCAGCAUUAAGGCCUCAGAGACCCUCUUUGGUACCAGGCUGAACCUGAAUACGAACAGAUUCUUGACUCGAGCAACCAGGGGGUUAGUGUCUAAACCCCCAGCACCAACCUCCCAGGUGCAGGAGCUUCCCCUUGAUACCGAGAACAUGGAUUAUUUACCUCUGGUCUCUCUACAGAUGGCCUCAGGUGCCUUCCUGCUCAGCCAGGCCUUCUGCAGGGCCACAGGCAUCCCCAUGGAAAAGCUUAAGUGGACCUCACCAUUCACCUGCCACCGUGUGACACUAACCUCCUGCUCCCACAGUUCCUCCCAAAACCAAGACAUCCUGCCUCCAGAGCCCAAGAGUCCAGGCCUCCAAAGGCCCAAUGGCGCCUUCCAGAUUUCAGCCCAGAGCCAGCUCAUCUCAAACAGCUCAGAGACCUUCUGCCGAAUACCCUGUGCUGAGCCCCUCCUGUCCACAGCCGAAAACUCCCUGAGCCAUUCUCCUGAUCCAUCCCAUGGGGCUGAUAGCAAGCAGGCCCUGGAGAUCGAUGGAUCUGAACAAGCCGGCAAGGUGUGGGCCACAGCAGUGGCCUUGGGAUGGCUGGAAAACAGCUCAGCCUCCUACUUUGUGGAGUGGGAAUUGGUGGCAGCUAAAGCCAGCUCCUGGCUAGAAGAGCAGGAAGUCCCUGAGGGCCGUCCCCUGGCCUCCGUGAAGACAGCCGCCCAGCAGCUCUUUGUCCUGCUUCGGCACUGGGACGAGAACCUUGAGUUCAACCUGCUUUGCUACAACCCCAAUAGUGUGUAGGAUUUUUGGGUGGGUGGGAAAUUUGGGAUGAGGGAAGGUAAAGGAGCAACAGAGGCCUGGGAGAAACCCUUGAGGCUGCGGCCGAUAUAUUUGAAAAAAAAAUCAUUAAGAGGACUGAACUGGGAGUCAGAAGGCCUGGGUUCUAACUUACUGUAUGACCUUAGGCAAGUCCCCUUCCCUCUCUGGGUCUCAGUUUCCUCCUCUGUAAAAUGGGGGAGAUUGGACUCUCUGAGGUCUGGUCCCUUACAGGUCUAAGGUCUCUAUGAUCUCCUAAGAUCUGGUAUCUUCAGGGUCAGAUAUUCUGGUAGGUACUUUAUCCUACCUGUCAACCACCAGUGCUGUUGUCCUGAAAGAGUGUUGCCCCAUCCCAGAGGAUAAAAGGAUCCUCAUUUCCCCAACUCUGCUGCUUACCCUACAGCCUCCAGCCCCAGGGCUGUGGGGACCCACUGCAGCAUCUCUGGAGUGCAGCAACUUGGCUCUGCUCUGGGGCCAUCCCAGACAUACAUGAGCAAUGAAGGGAGGGAGGGGCCACCAGCCCCCAAGGGAACUGAGACAGCUCAGCCUUAUCUGGACACUUGACAUUUUGGAACAGAAGGAGGGAGAUACAGGUAGGGAGACAGCUUUGCCUCUAAUGAUUCUGAGAGGAAAUGUCAGAGGUUUCUCUUCCCCAGCCCCGAGGUGCUAACCCUCUGCUCCCUGAUUCCCACCAACACCUGGAACCUUAGUGGCCACUUGGCUCCCAGUCAUUGGUCCCCAUAGAUCUUAGUCCAAGAGUUGUUUCUCUGACCAGAUGCACCUCCCACCCCAAGAGCUGAGCUUCCUUGAGCUUCGCUGAGCUUGAUCAGCCCCCUCAUCUGAUACAAGACAUUUGCCUUCUCUGGGCUUCAGCUGCCUCAUCUACAAUGAGAGUCAGACUAGGUGACCUCCAAGGUCCUUCCAUUCUGUGUUCCCCCAUCUUCUCCUCUAAGUUUCCUUGCCAGAGAAAUGAUUUGAGGAGCUCUGCCUUAUCUCUAAUAUUCUUUGUCCUAAGGUCUUUCAACUCUAACAUUCAAUAUUCUAAGAUACCUUACAGCUCUGGCAUUCCAUGUUCUAGGACCCUGCCCGCUCUGACAUUCUGGGUUCUAAGGGUCCUCCCAGCUCUGACAUUCUGUUAUGAGCCCUCCAGUUCU